GAACAGCUGCGCAAGCUCUUCAUCGGAGGUUUGAGCUUUGAAACAACUGAUGAGAGUCUGAGGAGCCCUUGUGAGCAGUGGGGAGCGCUCACAGAUUGUGUGGUAAUGAGGGAUCCAAACACCAAGCGCUCCAGAGGCUUUGGGUUUGUCACAUAUGCCACUGUGGAGGAGGUGGAGGAGGCCAUGCAGGCAAGGCCACACAAGGUGGAUGGGAGAGUUGUGGAACCAAAGAGGGCCGUCUCAAGAGAAGAUUCUCAAAGACCUGGUGCCCACUUAACCGUGAAAAAGAUUUUUGUUGGUGGCAUUAAAGAAGAUGCUGAAGAACAUCACCUAAGAGAUUGUUUUGAACAGCAGGGGAAAACUGAAGUGACUGAAAUCAUGACUGAGCAAGGUAGUGGCAAAAAGAGAGGCUUUGCUUUCGUAACCUUUGAUGACCAUGACUCUGUAGACAAGACUGUCAGUCCGAAAUACCACACUGUGAAUGGCCACAACUGUGAAGUAAGGAAAGCCCUAUCUAAGCAAGAGAUGGCUAGUGCCUCAUCCAGCCAAAGAGGUCAGAGUGGUUCUGGAAACUUUGGUGGUGGUCACGGAGGUGGUUUUGGUGGGAAUGACAGCUUCGGUCGUGGAGGAGACUACAGUGGCCGAGGUGGCUUUGGUGGCAGCCGUGGUGGCGGUGGAUAUGGUGGCAGUGGGGAUGGCUAUAAUGGAUUCGGUAACGAUGGAAGCAAUUUUGGAGGCGGCGGAAGCUACAAUGAUUCUGGCAAUUACAACAACCAAUCUUCACAUUUUGGACCCAUGAAAGGAGGAAACUUUGGAGGCAGAAGUGCUGGCCCCUGUGGUGGUGGAGACCAAUACUUUGCCAAACCCCGAAACCAAGGUGGCUGUGGCGGUUCCAGCAGCAGCAGGAGCUAUGGCAGGGGCACAAGGUUUUAACUACUGCCAGGAAACAAAGCUCAGCAGGAGAGGAGAGCCAGAGAAGUGACAGGGAAGCUACAGGUUACAACAGAUUUGUGAACUCAGCCAAGCACAGUGGUGGCAGGGCCUAGCUGCUACAAAGAAGACAUG